GCCCUAAGAAACACAGCUCAUUGUUGGCAGCUGCCGGGCGGUCCUGCGAAGCGGAGAGGGCAGCGAAGGGAAAAGAAAAGGGAACGGCUCGCAAUCUGCCCCAGCGGCUGCUGCAAGACCUCGGCGCCAACCUUGCACAAGCGAGCGCUCCACAGCCCCUCGGCUGCCCAUCUAUGUGCUGCUGAGCCGGUCCUGGACCCGACGAGCCCGCCUUCGGUGUUCCGAGCAGAAAUCGCAAAGACGGAAGGACUGGAAAUGGCAGACCAUAUGAUGGCCAUGAACCACGGGCGCUUCCCCGACGGCACCACCAACGGGCUGCACCACCACGCUGGCCACCGCCUGGGCAGCAUUGCGCCCUUCCAGAGCCCGCAUCACCACCAGCAGCAGCAGCCCCAGCACGCCUUCAACGCACUCAUGGGCGAGCACAUACACUACGGCGCGGGCAACAUGAAUGCCACGAGCGGCAUCAGGCACGCCAUGGGGCCGGGGACUGUGAACGGGGGCCACCCCCCGAGCGCUCUGGCCCCCGCUGCCAGGUUUAACAACUCCCAGUUCAUGGGGCCCCCGGUGGCCAGCCAGGGAGGCUCCCUGCCGGCCAGCAUGCAGCUGCAGAAGCUCAACAACCAGUAUUUCAACCAUCACCCCUACCCCCACAACCACUACAUGCCGGAUUUGCACCCCGCUGCAGGCCACCAGAUGAACGGGACAAACCAGCACUUCCGAGAUUGCAACCCCAAGCACAGCGGCGGCAGCAGCACCCCUGGUGGCGCGGGCGGCAGCGGCACCCCCGGCGGCUCUGGCGGCACCUCAGGCGGCGCUGGCGGCAGUGGCGCGGGCGGCAGCGGCGGUGGCAGCACCAUGCCGGCCUCUGUGGCUCACGUCCCCGCGGCAAUGCUGCCGCCCAAUGUCAUAGACACUGAUUUCAUCGACGAGGAAGUGCUUAUGUCCUUAGUGAUAGAAAUGGGUUUGGACCGCAUCAAGGAGCUGCCCGAACUCUGGCUGGGCCAAAACGAGUUUGAUUUUAUGACGGACUUCGUGUGCAAACAGCAGCCCAGCAGAGUCAGCUGUUGACUCGGUUAACCUCGGCUGGCGAGAGAAAUCAACCCUCCCCUCCCCGCCCCCACCCCCAACUUCUUCGGUGUGAAUUAAAAAAAAAAAAAAAACAUUCCCUUAGACGCAGUAUCUCACUUUUCAGAUCCUGAAAGGUUUGAGAACAUGGAAGCAAAGUAAACUAUUAACUUGUACAAAUUGGUUUAAAAAAAAAGAUUGCUGCCACUUUUUUCCUGUUCUUGUUUCGUUUUUGUAGCCUUGACAUUCACCUCCCUUAUGUAGUUGAAAUAUCUAGCUAACUCGGUCUUUUUUGUUGUUGUUUUUUACUCCUUAUUUCCUCACUUUCUACAGUGCUCAACUGUUAGAUAUUAAUCUUGGCAAACUGCUUAAUCUUGUGGAUUUUGUAGAUGGUUUCAAAUGACUGCGCUGCAUUCAGAUUUAAGAGUGAAAGGAAAAAUUGCAUUUGUUGGCUGCAUGAACUUUGAAGGGCAGAUAUUACUGCACAAACUGCCAUCUCGCUUCGUUUUUUUAAACUAUGCAUUUGAGUACAGACUUUAAGUUUUCAAAUACGCUAAACUGGAAGAUUAAACAGAUGUGGGCCAAACUGUUCUGGAUCAGGAAGUCAUACCGUUCACUUUAAAGUUGGCUGUCUCCCCUCCCCCAUAUGUACAGACAAUAAUAGGGCGUGGAAUGUCGUCAGUGGCAAACAUUUCACAGAUUUUUAUUUUGUUUCUGUCUUCAACAUUUUUGACACUGUGCUAAUAGUUAUAUUCAGUACAUGAAAAGAUACUACUGUGUUGAAAGCUUUUUAGGAAAUUUUGACAGUAUUUUUGUACAAAACAUUUUUUUGAAAAAAUACUUGUUAAUUUAUUCUAUUUUAAUUUGCCAAUGUCAAUAAAAAGUUAAGAAAUAACUUGUUUUCUACACGCCAGUCCUUUGGGGGAGGGUUGGCCUUUAAGUUGGGCUUGUUAUUGAUUGAGAGUAAGCUUCCUAGGGAUAGGUUACAGGACACUGAGACAGGUCACGGUGAGCUUAAGGGAGAGCAGGAUUUAAGAUAGUUGGCACAAUGCCACACUGGCACCUUUGUAACUGGCCUCUUGGUGUGGUGUAGUCACCGGCUGAAAAGUUGUCAAAGUGCUUUCUUUGCUGUCUCUUGGCUGCAUCCAGUUCCAGUGAACCUUGGCUGGGAAGGCUUGCAAUACUAAACAUUCUAUCUUUCUCACUGGGUGGGAGGAAGGG